AACAAAAACGUGAGCUUUGACCACCAGAUCCGCCUGCCAUUGUUGAUAGUAGUUCAGUUCAACUUCUGAACAUCUCAAAGCAUCUUUUAUUUCACAGAUUCAAAUUGUGUCCCAAAACAACCAUUUUAUCCGAACCCCCAGAAAACCAAGAUGAACAAACCCAUCCCAUUUAGUCCCCUCCUCUUCCUAAUCCUAUCCAUCUCCGUCACCUCCCAAAUUAAUCCAACCUCCUCCUCCUGUCCCAUUGAUCUCAGCUAUGUCCAUACCCUCCCAUGGGACUCUUCACUUUGCCAAGAUCCCACCGGAAAGCACUGCUGCCAAACCCUCCUCAGCCUUUUUGGGAUUGGACUAUCCCAACACCUCAAGCAAACCUCCAUGUUCCAAUUACCCAACUCAAACUCCUCCUCCUCCUGCCUUUCCGAUCUCCAGUCUCGCCUCGCCGCCCUCAAACUCGACCCCUCCGUGGUCCCAUUGUGCUUCGAGAACUCGACGCAGUUCGUCGCCAGCCCGGCUAGUUGUGCCGGGAUUGUCACAAUCCAGGACUGGACAGAGAGGGUGGGGCCAAUGACCCCCCUGGACACAUCCUGCAAAGGGGACCUGGAAAGCUUGACGAGAUGCAGCUCCUGCGUCGAUGCCGGCAUGAAGGUGAAUUCCCAGUUGUCGAGUCUCGACCCGAAUGCGACUAAAUGCUUUUACUACACUGUGUUGUAUGCUGCAGGGAUUGUUAACGAGUUGGGUCCGGCAGAGCCCCGGACUGCUGCUUGCAUUCUCGGUUUGCCUCUGUCCGGCUCGGCGAACAAGAAACAAUCCACUCAGGUGAGCAGGAAGACUUUGCUGAAAUGGGUUUUUGGGGUUUUGGGUGCUGUGAUUGUUGUCCUGGUUGGUGUUGGGAUUAUAGUCCUAUACAGGAAGCAUGAUAAGAAAGAGAAGCAAAUUGCAAUGCAUGAAGAGUAUGUGACAAGUUUUAGAACUAGCUUUUUGCCCAAUUCGGGUGCGAAAUGGUACGCUGUGUCCGAGCUCGAAAGAGCCACCAAUGGAUUUUCUCAGAAGAACAUGAUUGGACAAGGCGGGUAUGGGGUUGUGUACAAAGGAACACUUUCUGAUGGGAGUUUGGUUGCAGUGAAGCAUGUUCUUGUUUUGGACUCGAAAGGGGACGAAGAGUUUUCAAAUGAGGUCGAAAUCAUAAGCAAAAUCAGGCACAGGAAUCUUCUUUCGCUUCGAGGAUGUUGUGUGACGAGUGAUGAUUUGAAGGGGAAAAGAAGGUUCUUGGUUUAUGAUCUGAUGUCGAAUGGGAAUUUAAGUGAUCAAUUGUCUGGAAAGAAGAGAUUGAAUUGGCCUCAGCGCAAGAACAUAAUCAUUGAUGUGGCAAAGGGGCUUGCCUACUUGCACAACGGGAUCAAGCCUGCAAUUUAUCACAGAGACAUAAAGGGCACAAACAUUCUAUUGGAUUCGGAAAUGAAGGCUAAAGUUGCAGACUUUGGAUUGGCCAAGCAAAGUUCCGAUGGUGAAUCUCACCUCACCACUAGGGUUGCCGGCACGCACGGCUAUUUGGCGCCGGAAUAUGCCCUCUACGGACAACUAACAGAGAAGAGUGACGUUUACAGCUUUGGCAUUGUGAUUCUUGAGAUCAUGAGUGGAAGGAAAGUCUUGGAGACAUCGAGUUCGGAUUCAAACGCGUUCGUGUUGAUCACAGAUUGGGCGUGGAUGGCUCUGAAGUCAGGGAAUGUGGAGGAAAUUUUUGAUGAGGCAGUAAGGGAGGAAGGACCAAAGGGUGUUAUGGAGAGGUUCGUGCUUGUUGGAAUUCUUUGUGCUCAUGUUAUGGUGGCUUUUAGGCCUACAAUUUCUGAGGCACUAAAGAUGUUGGAGGGGGACAUUGAUAUUCCAAAAUUACCAGACAGGCCAAUGCCACUUGGAAAUGAGUCACAUAGAUCUUCUUUUGGGCUUUCUAGGUUGUUAGCAAGUGAAAGAUCACCAAAGACCUAGUUUUAGUACAUCAAGGAUGAGCACAACAUAGGUUUUUUUUAAUUGUUAUUUUUUGAGACAAGCGAUAUUGGAGUAGGGGUAUUCAAACUCAAGACCCUUCAAACUUCAAAGGUGGUGUGGGCUAUAUGUGUGUGAAUUUUGUUUUUUUCUUUACUUCUUCAUGUUUUUGUGACUAUACAAAGAAUUGAAAGAUGUAUGCAAUUAUUCAUUAAAGAAAAAUUUGCCAUUCCCAAAAAUCAAGUGGCUGGGUUAUUAGAGCAA